GAACAGCAAGAAGCGUACACACAUCGAUCAGGCUCGAGCCCGACCAUCUGAGAAGAUCAUCCUCCGGUGCGCCCAUCAACUUCCCAGCCAGCAUCCAAUGGCGGGCCAAGUGAUGGAAGCUCAUCAUCAGGGCCAGCUGCAGCCCCCCGCCGGCACGCCGCCCUUCGCGCCGCUGACGCUGGGCGCCGGCUGCAAGCACGACGUCCACCACCACCUCACCGCGACGACCGCAGCGACGGCGAUGGCCGUCCCCGGCUCCAACGCCGCCGCCGCUGCCGACAUGGCCGCCUACCUCCAGCAGCUGCAGGACGCCGCCGCCGCCGCCGAGGCGAGCAAGCAGCAGCAGCAGCAGAGCGGCGGCGGCGGCGGCGCGGCGCGCGGGGAGCAGUGCCCGCGGUGCGCGUCGCACGACACCAAGUUCUGCUACUACAACAACUACAACACGUCGCAGCCGCGGCACUUCUGCCGCGCCUGCCGCCGCUACUGGACGCUGGGGGGCUCCCUCCGCAACGUCCCCAUCGGCGGGUCCACGCGCAAGCGCCCGCGCCUCGCGCACCACCACCACCAGCCGCCGACGGCGGCCAGGCGCGCGCCGGUCUUCGGCCUCGGCCUCGGCGGCGGCGUGCCUCCCCUGCCGUCGUCGGCGCAGGCGGCCGGCCUCCUCGGCUCGCUGUUCGCGCUCGGCGCCACGGGGCCGCUGCUCGAGGGCCCCGCGGCGCCGCCUCUGCUCGAGGGCCGCGGCGCGGGGUUCGACCUCGGCCUCGGGCUGCCAGCCGGCGGGACCUUAGGCGGCGGCGGCGGCGAGGCGGGCAUGCAAGUGCAGGGCCUCGGGCUCAGGGGAAGCGGCGGCGGCUGCCCUGCUUCCGGUGCGUCGUCCUCGGGGCUGUUCUGGCCUGCCGGGCUGCUGGACAACGACAGCGUGGACACGUGGAAGAUGCUGCCCAGCGCCGCAAUGUGGCCGGACUUCUCCGCCGCUGCUGCGGCGGCGCCACAGACAGGCUGGCUGCUUCACGGCGGCGCGCAGCUCAUGUGAGGGCGCACGCGGCCGGCCGUCCACGGCGUGCCGGCUUCGUGCUCCCUCCCCCCACACAGUAUAAUCUAUAGGCAGUGCAGCUCUGCUCGUAUGCGUGCGUACGUAGUCUGUUAAUUUUUUUGUGUUCAGGUGCCUUGCAACCCAUGUCCUUUGUUCGUGUCGUGUCUUGUUACCUGUGCUCGACAGGGCCCUGCUACUCUGC